AUGAAUCUACUCAAGACUGGCACUUGGAGAAACAACACUGCACCUUCCUGGCUUCUGAAAUUCAGUUUUCUUUGGCUGUUUAGUCAGAACUGUUGUAGAGCGAGUGCUGGUUGGACGGCGUACAUGAACAUAUCGUUCCACAUUGGGAAUCGCAUGGUGUCAGAGUUGGGGGAGACUGGAGUAUUUGGAACAAGCUCUGCUUUGAAGAGAAUGAUGGGAGUUAUAGUGCCACCAGAGGGAAAACCCCAAAAUGCAUGUAAUCCCAAAACCAGUUUCAGCCGAUCAAAGAACUCAGAGAAGUGGCUCGCACUUAUUGAACGAGGAGGUUGUACCUUCACACAGAAAAUUAAGGUGGCAACCGAGAAGGGAGCCAGUGGAGUGAUCAUCUAUAACUUUCCAGGAACUGGCAAUCAGGUUUUCCCCAUGUCUCAUCAAGCAUUUGAAGAUAUCGUUGUGGUGAUGAUUGGUAACUUAAAAGGCAUGGAAAUUUUGCAUUUAAUUCAGAAGGGCGUUUACGUCACAGUCACGGUUGAAGUAGGGAGAAAACGCAUCCUAUGGAUGAAUCACUACUUUGUUUCUUUCAUGUUCAUCACAAGCACUAUGUUAAUAUAUUUCAUCUCUUAUCAUAUUCGAAGACUUUGGGUAGCAAGGAUUCAGACCAGGAGGUGGCGGCGAUUAACAACAGAUCUCAAGAAAGCAUUUGGCCAGCUCCAAGUUCGGGUAUUAAAAGAGGGGGAUGAGGAAGUAAAUCCAAAUGGAGAUAGCUGCAUAGUUUGCUUUGAACUUUAUAAGCCUAAUGAUACAGUUUGUAUUCUGACUUGCAAACACUUUUUCCACAAGAAUUGCAUUGAUCCCUGGAUUCUAGCCCAUGGGACAUGUCCCAUGUGUAAAUGUGACAUUCUUAAAGCUUUGGGGAUUCAAAUAGAUGUUGAAGAUGGAACAGAAUCUUUGCGAGUUCUAAUGUCCAGUGCGUUACCUGAAACCCUAUCACCUAAUGAAGAGGAGACAAAUAUUGAGCCUCCUUCAGCAAGAAUGUUAGAUAAAGUGACCCAUGUGGAGGAGAACCCUACUUCACAGAAUGACAACCAACCUAAUUCAGUCUUUCUAAAGAGUGACCGAGUGGCCAGAAUGGUUCAGAGUGGAGGGUGUUCUGCUAAUGAUUUCAGAGAGGUGUUUAAGAAAAACAUAGAAAAACGUGUGAGGAGUUUGCCAGAAAUAGAUGGCUUGAGCAAAGAGACAGUGCUGAGCUCAUGGAUUGCCAAAUAUGAUGCCAUUUACAGGGGUGAAGAGGACUUGUGCAAACAGCCAAAUAGAAUGACCCUAAGUGCUGUGUCUGAACUUAUUCUGAGCAAAGAACAACUCUAUGAAAUGUUUCAGCAGAUUCUGGGUAUUAAAAAACUAGAACACCAACUCCUUUACAAUGCAUGCCAGCUGGAUAAUGCAGAUGAACAAGCAGCCCAGAUCAGAAGGGAACUUGAUGGUCGGCUGCAAUUGGCAGAGAAAAUGGCAAAGGAAAGAAAAUUCCCCAAAUUUAUAACAAAAGAAAUGGAGAAUAUGUACAUAGAAGAGUUGCGGUCUUCAGUGAAUUUGCUAAUGGCCAAUUUGGAAAGUCUUCCAGUUUCAAAAGGUGGUCCAGAAUUUAAAUUACAAAAAUUAAAACGUUCACAGAAUUCUGCAUUUUUGGACAUAGGAGAUGAGAAUGAGAUUCAGCUAUCAAAGUCUGACGUGGUGUUGUCAUUCACUUUGGAGAUUGUUAUAAUGGAAGUGCAAGGUUUGAAGUCAGUUGCUCCGAAUCGAAUUGUUUACUGUACAAUGGAAGUGGAAGGGGGAGAAAAACUGCAGACAGACCAAGCUGAAGCCUCAAGGCCACAAUGGGGAACUCAAGGAGAUUUUACCACUACCCAUCCUCGGCCUGUGGUCAAAGUAAAACUCUUCACAGAAAGCACUGGGGUCCUGGCCUUGGAAGAUAAAGAACUGGGAAGGGUGAUAUUAUACCCAACUUCUAAUAGCUCCAAGUCAGCUGAAUUACACCGAAUGGUAGUUCCAAAAAAUAGCCAGGACUCUGACUUAAAAAUCAAACUGGCAGUGCGAAUGGAUAAGCCACCACAUAUGAAGCAUAGUGGAUAUCUGUAUGCCCUUGGACAGAAGGUUUGGAAAAGAUGGAAAAAACGUUACUUUGUUCUUGUUCAGGUUAGCCAGUACACCUUUGCUAUGUGCAGUUAUAGAGAAAAAAAGUCUGAACCACAAGAAUUAAUGCAGCUUGAGGGGUACACCGUGGAUUAUACAGAUCCUCACCCAGGCCUUCAGGGUGGUCAUAUGUUCUUUAAUGCUGUUAAAGAAGGAGACACUGUAAUAUUUGCCAGUGAUGAUGAACAGGACAGAAUAUUAUGGGUUCAAGCCAUGUACAGGGCCACAGGUCAAUCAUAUAAGCCAGUUCCUGCAAUUCAAACCCAGAAGCUGAACCCUAAAGGAGGAACUUUCCAUGCAGAUGCUCAGCUUUCUGGUAAAGAUGCAGACCGUUUUCAGAAACAUGGUAUGGAUGAGUUUAUUUCUGCUAAUCCUUGCAAGCUUGACCAUGCCUUCCUUUUUAGAAUACUUCAGAGGCAGACUUUGGAUCACAGACUGAAUGAUUCCUAUUCUUGCUUGGGUUGGUUUAGCCCUGGCCAAGUCUUUGUGUUAGAUGAGUACUGUGCCCGUUAUGGUGUGAGAGGCUGUCACAGACAUCUCUGCUACCUUACAGAACUGAUGGAACAUUCAGAAAAUGGUGCUGUCAUUGACCCAACCCUACUCCAUUACAGCUUUGCAUUCUGCGCCUCUCAUGUGCAUGGAAACAGGCCUGAUGGAAUUGGAACUGUUUCAAUGGAAGAAAAAGAGAGAUUUGAGGAGAUAAAAGAGAGACUGUCUUCCCUUUUAGAAAAUCAGAUAAGCCAUUUUAGGUAUUGUUUUCCCUUUGGACGACCUGAAGGUGCUCUGAAAGCUACACUUUCAUUACUUGAAAGGGUUUUAAUGAAAGAUAUUGCCACUCCCAUACCAGCAGAAGAGGUGAAGAAAGUGGUCAGAAAAUGUCUGGAGAAAGCUGCCUUGAUCAAUUACACUAGACUCACAGAAUAUGCCAAAAUAGAAGGCACAGCAGAAAAGGAAACAGAAACCAUGAACCAGGCAACUCCUGCUAGAAAGCUGGAAGAGGUCCUUCAUCUAGCAGAGCUCUGCAUAGAAGUCUUACAGCAGAAUGAAGAGCAUCACGCAGAGGGAAGAGAGGCAUUUGCCUGGUGGCCUGAUUUAUUAGCUGAGCAUGCAGAGAAAUUUUGGGCUUUAUUCACAGUGGAUAUGGAUACUGCGCUGGAGGCUCAACCACAAGACUCCUGGGAUAGUUUUCCUCUUUUCCAACUGCUUAAUAAUUUCCUCAGAAAUGACACACUUUUGUGUAAUGGAAAAUUUCACAAACACUUGCAAGAAAUCUUUGUGCCCUUGGUUGUCCGCUACGUCGAUCUCAUGGAGUCCUCCAUCGCCCAGUCCAUUCACAGAGGCUUUGAGCAAGAGACAUGGCAGCCUGUCAAGAAUAUCGCCAACAGUCUUCCCAAUGUAGCUCUUCCAAAAGUUCCAAGUCUGCCUCUUAAUCUUCCACAGAUUCCUAGUCUUUCUACUCCUUCGUGGAUGGCUUCUUUAUAUGAGUCCACCAAUGGCUCAGCCACAUCAGAAGACCUUUUCUGGAAACUCGAUGCACUGCAAAUGUUUGUCUUUGAUCUACACUGGCCAGAACAAGAAUUUGCCCACCACUUAGAACAAAGACUUAAACUAAUGGCCAGUGAUAUGAUAGAGGCCUGUGUCAAAAGAACAAGAACUGCAUUUGAACUCAAGCUGCAAAAGGCAAGCAAAACAACUGACUUACGCAUUCCAGCUUCCGUGUGUACAAUGUUUAAUGUAUUGGUUGAUGCCAAAAAGCAAAGCACCAAACUCUGUGCCCUGGAUGGAGGACAAGAGCAACAGUACCAUUCAAAAAUAGAUGAUUUGAUUGACAACACUGUAAAAGAAAUCAUUUCACUGCUAGUUUCAAAGUUUGUUUCAGUGUUGGAAGGGGUGUUGUCUAAGCUGUCGAGGUAUGAUGAAGGCACUUUCUUUUCAUCCAUUCUGUCAUUUACUGUAAAAGCAGCUGCAAAAUAUGUUGACGUUCCAAAACCAGGAAUGGAUCUGGCAGACACCUAUAUUAUGUUUGUUCGGCAAAACCAGGAUAUUCUUCGAGAAAAGGUCAAUGAAGAAAUGUAUAUAGAAAAGUUGUUUGAUCAAUGGUACAGCAGUUCCAUGAAAGUCAUUUGCGUGUGGCUGGCUGAUAGAUUAGACCUCCAGCUUCAUAUUUACCAACUGAAGACGCUCAUCAAGAUUGUGAAGAAAACAUAUAGGGACUUCCGACUGCAGGGUGUGUUGGAAGCAACGCUGAACAGUAAGACAUACGAUACUCUGCACAGACGUUUAACAGUAGAGGAGGCCACAGCCUCCGUUUCAGAAGGAGGACUUCAGGGCAUUACUAUGAAAGACAGUGAUGAAGAGGAAGGCUGAGAACACAGCUCUGGAGAAGGAAGGAGGACUUUGACAUUGUUUUUUUGUACCCUGUCCUUGUAAUUACAUUUAUUGUUUUGACCAAAUAAAUAUGCUUGUAUUUCUUUAAAAAGUAAACGAGUGAAAGGGGGAAAUGCCAAGUAUUUUCUUUUUAAGAAGAUCAUCCUCUUUUAUUUAGCUUAACCUAAGUGAGCUUUGGCUCUGUUUGUGAUUGGAACAUGGGCUUUUUUUUUUUUUUUAAAGCAGAUUUAACCUUUUAUUCUGUAAUUACAUCAAAGUAAUGUCCUGUGUGCCAAGUGAGAUAUGUAUUUCUCAUACUGUAAUAUUGUGAGAAGAAGCCACUUCUGAUCACUGCGCCAACUCUAUCGUACUCUCGUUAAAAUGGUGUGUACCUUAUGGUUUAUAAUUUGUGUGCAAGGUUUGUUUUGUAGUUAAUUUGCCAUUGUUGUGAUGUGUAUAAAUCUUUAACCUUGGUUCUUAGUAUUCUGAAUUGAUCUGCAGGUGUAUUCCUGGGCUUAAAGGACUUCCAAACCCAAAUAUAGGCUAGAUUAUCCAAUGAGCUCAUGUCUUGUUCCAUUCUGAGUAUUCCUUCUUUCAACCGUAAAAAAUCCUAAGGUGUGGGGUAGUAAGCGUGCCUCCAUCACUGUACCUUAUUCUCCCACUUCUAAGUGUAACCGCUUGCAGGCAAUAAAAACCCAUUUGGUCAAAACCACUUCUGUAUUUAUUAGACUUGUAUAGAAUAAAUGCAGUAAAAGAGGUUUGCAGUAUUUCAAGCAUCCCAA